AUGCUCACAAAGCAAUUCCGUCCGUUCUUCAUUGUCUCUAAACUCCCAUUCUUUGUUCGCACAAUGUCAUCUUCUUCUACUAUUCCCCCCCGCGACAGCGUCAAGCGUCAUGCCCAUUCCGACUUUGAAAUUGUCCAAGAAGCUCGUCCCAAAUUUGACGCUGACCACCACCUCUUCUACACAAAAUCUCCCAAUGCCGAGAACUGGAAACCAGGUCAAGGAGCCAACAGUGAUGACUGGAAAAAGCAUAAAAAAAUUGACUUUGAUCCAUAUGCCGAGGGCCGCAGCCCCAUCAACAACUACAAGCUUAUGGUUUCCGGUAUCACACCUCGUCCUAUUGCCUUCAUCUCAACAAUCUCGAAAGAUGGUGUCACUAACCUGGCUCCGUUCUCUUACUUUGAAGUUGUCAACAGUGACCCUAUCAUCUUUACAGUAGGUAUCUCCAAGGGCACUGGCUUUGAGAAGGAUACUGCAUCCAAUCUCAAGGCUACUGGCGAAGCUACCAUCAACAUUAUUUCCGAGUGGUUUAUUGAAGCUGCCAACUUUACCUGCACAAAUGCUCCUAGAAACGUAUCCGAGUGGCCUCUUUCUGGUCUGACCAAAGCCAAGUCUGUCAAGGUUGCACCCGCGCUUGUUGCCGAAAGUGCCUUUUCCGUGGAGGUGAAGGUGCGCCAGGUCGUGGAGUUUACUUCGCAUCGCACAGGAAACGCAUCAGGCGAGCUGUUUAUCUUGGAAGGCGUACAUGUGCAUGUUCGCGAGGACGUGGUUGAUGAGGAACUGGCCAAUGUGGAUUUGGCCAAACUCAAGCCUGUGGCCAGAUGUGGUGGCAUCACUUAUACCCCGGCCAUCCAAGCCUUUGAAAUCCCGAGACCAGCUUAUGAGGUGGAGGUUGAGCCCAAGCCUGAGGUCAAGGCUCUUUUAGAAAACGAAGAAAAGUAA